ACCUUUCCUUUUUGCCGUCUGAGGCUCGCUCUCUAUUUUUCUCUCUCUCUCCGAUAUUCUCUCUCUUCGCUAUUUUCUCUCUCUAGAUUCUCGCAGUUUCUCUCUCUGAAUCGAAAGGCGGCUCGAAUUUCUCUCUCUCUCUCGCGGUCGUUGUAGAUCUGAGGCUUUUGAUUAGAUCGGUUAAUCGGAUUCGACGUGGAAACCCUAGAAAUCGGAAUCGAAAAUUUUUGAGGUUUUUGGGGGAGUGGAAGAAGAAAGGGGAUUUAGGGUUCGGAGUUUUUUGAAAUUGAAAUGGUGCGUGUGGGGGGUUAGGGUUAGGGAUCGAUCUAGGGUUUUUUUGAUUAAGCGUAUGUGAAGAAUUUGGGGGAAAAAAAAGGAGAGAAGUGGGUUUGGGGUUUUGGGGAAUUGAUGGUACUCGUGGUAGGGAUUGAAGUUGGGAAAGGGGAAAAUGCAAGGCUAUGCUGCAUGGGCGGGUUGGUGAGGAAAGUAAACGGAAUCGGCACAUGUGGACAGUCCCCACGCGUGCGACCAUAGCUGCUUCCGCCACCGCAACCGAUGGUUCUUCUUCGGUCACUUUGUGUUCCUCUAAUUCGUUUUGCAAGGACGGACGCAAAAUUAGUGUUGGUGACUGUGCUCUUUUCAAACCACCUCAGGAUUCCCCACCUUUCAUUGGAAUAAUUCGUUCAUUGACUCAGAGUAAAGAGAAUAAGCUAAAGUUAGCUGUGAGUUGGCUUUAUCGGCCUGCUGAAGUAAAGCUUGGCAAAGGCGACCUGUUGGAAGCCGUGCCAAACGAAAUCUUUUAUUCCUUUCAUAAGGAUGCGAUUCCUGCUGAAUCGUUACUCCAUCCGUGUAAAGUCGCAUUCCUUCCUAAAGGUGUUGAACUUCCAUCAGGGAUUUCAUCAUUUGUGUGUCGGCGGGUAUAUGAUAUUACAAACAAGUGUUUAUGGUGGCUAACUGAUCAAGAUUAUAUUAAUGAACGACAGGAAGAGGUAGAUCAGCUGUUAUAUAAGACGCAGAAACAAAUGCAUGCAACUUUACAGCCUGGUGGCAGAUCUCCAAAGCCAAUGAGUGGUCCAACAUCAACAUCGCAGUUGAAAGCUGGUUCAGAUAGUCUCCAGAAUAGUGCAUCUUCCCUUCCUUCUCAAGUUAAAGGAAAGAAAAGGGAGCGGGGAGAUCAGGGCUCUGAGCCUAUCAAACGAGAGCGUGCUACAAAAAUUGAUGAUGGGGAUUCCAAUCAUACUAGACUGGAAAGCAAUUUAAAAUCUGAGGUUUCAAAAAUUACAGAAAGAGGAGGGCUAAUAGACUCUGAUGGUGUUGAGAGAUUGGUGCAGCUCAUGCUGCCUGAAAGAAAUGAUAAAAAAAUAGAUUUGUCUGGGCGGUCUAUGCUUGCUGGUGUUAUAGCUGCCACGGAUGAUUUUGAUUGCCUUACUCGGUUUGUGCAACUCAGGGGUCUGCCUGUAUUUGAUGAAUGGCUCCAGGAAGUCCAUAAAGGGAAGAUUGGUGAUGGUAGUGGCCCCAAGGAUGGUGAUAAAACUGUUGAGGAAUUUCUCUUGGUUUUACUUCGUGCCCUUGAUAGGCUGCCUGUAAAUUUACAUGCCUUACAAAUGUGCAACAUUGGGAAGUCUGUGAAUCAUUUGCGCACUCAUAAGAACUUGGAAAUCCAGAAGAAAGCAAGAGGUUUAGUUGACCUAUGGAAGAAACGUGUUGAGGCUGAAAUGAACAUCAAUGAUGCGAAGUCUGGCUCAAAUCAGUCUGUCCCCUGGUCUGCAAGAUCACGCCUUCCUGAAGUUUCCCAUGGUGGGAAUAGACACUCAGGUAUGUCGUCUGAUGUUGCAAUGAAGAGCUCAGUUACACAGCUUUCUGCAUCCAAAACUACUUCUGUGAAGAUUGUCCAGGGGGAGAGUAUCACCAGGUCUGCAUCUGCAUCUCCUGGGUCCAUAAAAUCAGUUCCAUCACCUGCACCAGUGAAUACUAACUUAAGAGACAGCCAGGCUCGAAAUGUUGUUGGUAAUGCUGCUGAUCUCCCUCUGACAACAGCAAGGGAUGAGAAAAGCAGCAGUUCUAGUCAGUCGCACAACAACAGUCAAUCAUGUUCUAGUGACCAUGCUAAAACAGGGGGACAUUCAGUGAAGGAGGACGCAAGGAGCUCUACUGCUGGUUCAAUGAGUGGAAAUAAGAACUCACGGCAUCGAAAAUCAAUCAAUGGCUUCCCUGGUUCAGCUGUAUCUGGAGCGCAAAGGGAAAUAAAUUCAAUCAAAAGUUCCUUGCUCAAAAAUCCAGCUUCAGAAAAAUUAUCACAGUCUGGAUUGUCAUUGGAAAAGACACUUGAAAGCCCCUCAAUUGAGGGUAACAGUCAAAAAUUGAUUGUUAAGAUUUCAAAUCGAAGUCGCAGUCCUGCACAAAGUGCCAGUGGAGGAUCAAUUGAAGAUCCUUCAAUCAUGAAUAGCAGAGCUUCUUCUCCUGUGCUUUCAGAGAAGCAUGAUCAGUUUGAUCGUACCCUGAAAGAAAAGAGCGAUACUUGUCGAGCUAAUAUUACUUCGGAUGUGAAUACUGAAUCCUGGCAAAGUAAUGAUUUGAAGGAUGUACUGACUGGGUCUGAUGAGGGUGAUGGAUCCCCUGCAGCUGUUACUGAUGAAGAGCGCUGCAGGACUGGAGAUGACAGCAAAAAAUUGGCAGAAGCUAAAGCUACUUCCUCAUCAUCAGGGAAUGAACAAAAAUCAGGGAAUUUGCAGGAGGCUUCUUUGCGCUCCAUAAAUGCUUUAAUUGAUAGUUGUGUUAAGUACUCUGAAAGAAAUGCAUCUAUAUCCAUUGGGGAUGAUGUUGGGAUGAAUCUCCUUGCUAGUGUGGCUGCUGGAGAGAUGUCGAAGUCUGAUUUGGUUUCACCUACUGAUUCUCCGCAAAGGAACACCCCUGCAGUUGAGCAUUCCUGCACAGGUAGUGAUCCCAAAGUUAAAUCAUCUCCAGUAGACGACCUUGCUCAAGACCAAGGCCAGUCUAAUGAUGGUGCUGGUGAUGAGCCUGAGAAGCAGGGUGUUGUUUCCUGUAAUAUUGGGACAAAAACUGUUGAAAGCACAUCUAUUUGUUCUUUGUCUGGGGAGAAACCUGCAGGAGAGAACCAUGGUCAUUUAAGUAGUUCUUGUAUGGAUUUUCAGCAAACUGUAGACCCAUGUGUAGAAAGUGAUGGUAAAUCUACUGAAAUAACAGUAGCUGCUUCAAUGACUUCCUCACCUGUGAGCACUGUAGAGAAAACUAUGGAUAUUGACGGAGUCAAAUCACUUCAGGAGAAAAAGGCAGUUGGUGAGGUGAAUGCAGAUGCCAUUCCAGAUGUAAAUGAAAAGACAAGUUGCUCUUUGUUGAAUGAAGAUAAGUUCAAUGUAGUUUCUGCUCUAGAGUUCCAGAUGGAAGCAGCUGAAGGGCUGGAUGGUGGUAACCAGACAGAGCUGAAGCCACCUUUAUCCAUGAUGCAUAUGGAAGAUGUGAAAGGAACCAAAGAGGAAGUUGUGGUGCCUUCUGGUGGUGGGAAAGAUAUUGCUUCAGAGAAAGUAAAAGAUCUGAAGGCUGAAAAGAUUGAUGAAGCAGAUGCCAGGAAUCAUGUAAAUCAGGCUGAAAAACAAAGAAAUGAGCAGGAAAGUAAUGACCCUACAACUUCUGAGAAUCGAACUUCAGUUGGUUUAGCUUCCACUGUCACUGAUCAUGAUGGUGAGUACGUGGAGGAGAAUUCGGAAAGCAAAGCAGGUCAUGAUCAACAGGUUAGACCAGCUCCUCACACGAUUUCACCUGCAUUAACUGCACAAGAAACAGAACAGCCUGAAAUGACUAGGGGACCUAAGAGGACUGGCACAGAAGCAGUUGACACAGAGGAAAGUAAAUCAACCAAUGCAGAUGCAACUUCUAUGCCUGCUGCCAGGGCAUCAGAUAUGAAUGCAAAAGUGGAAUUUGAUUUGAAUGAAGGCUUUACUGUGGAUGAGGGAAAAUUUGGGGAACCGAAUAGCUUGCCAGCACCAGCAUGUUCAUCCACUGUUCGAUUGGUUAGUCCAUUACCUUUUCUUGUUUCUUCCGUGUCUAGUGGCCUUCCUGCUUCAAUUACUGUUGCUGCUGCUGCAAAGGGCCCGUUUGUUCCACCAGAUGACCUGCUAAAGAGUAAAGGGGAACUUGGUUGGAAGGGAUCAGCAGCCACUAGUGCCUUUCGGCCAGCUGAACCCAGGAAAGCUCCAGAAAUGCCACAGGGCACUGCAAACACCCCUCUUCCUGAUGCUGCAGCUGGCAAGCAGAGUCGCCCUGCGUUGGAUAUUGAUUUGAAUAUACCUGACGAAAGAGCCCUUGAGGAUUUGGCUUCGCGGAUUUCUGCUCAGGAGCCAGGUUCAUCAUCUGUCCAAACAAAUAAUCAUGACGUGGCACGUGAUGGAAUGAUAUGUUCUGAACCUGUACGUGGCUCUGGGGGACUUGAUCUUGAUUUGAACCGAGUUGAUGAUGCUUCUGAUAUGGGCAAUUUCUCAAUCAGCAACGGUCGUAGAAUGGAUAUUCCACUUGCGCAAGUUAAGUCACAAUCGGGUGGUGCUCUUAAUGGUGCAGUGAGUGGCCGCAGGGACUUUGAUUUGAACAAUGGGCCUUUAGUUGAUGAGGUGUGUGCUGAACCAUCACCUUUCAGCCUGCAUUCCAGGAGUGGUUUUUCAUCCCAACCAUCCGUUUCUGGCCUUAGAAUGAACAAUACAGAAAUUGGGAACUUUUCACCAUGGUUUACUUCAGGAAGCAAUUAUCCUGCUGUGCCUAUUAUGCCAGAUAGAGGGGAGCAGUCUUUCCCAAAUGUUGCAAGUGGUGCGCCGCCAAGGAUGUUGGGUACCACUGGUGGCGGCAGUCCAUUUAGUCCUGAUGUCUUCAGGGGGCAAGUGUUGUCUUCUUCUCCAGCAGUGCCCUUUUCCUCCAGCACUUUUCCAUACCCUGUCUUCCCUUUUGGAACCACCUUCCCACUGUCAUCAGCCGCAUUUCCUGGUGGUUCAACAACAUACAUGGAUUCAUCAUCUGGUGGGAAGGUUUGCUUCCCUGCAGUCCGUCCCCAGUUUUUAGGACCUGCUGGUACUGUUUCUUCUCAUUUUCCUAGGCCUUAUGUUGUUAGCUUCCCUGAUGCAAACAACAGUAGCGCUGAGAGCAGUAGGAAAUGGGGAAGACAGGGUUUAGACCUUAAUGCCGGGCCUGGAGGAUUAGACUUGGAAGCAAGAGAUGAGACUUGUCUUCCACCAAGGCAACUGUCUGUUUCCAGUUCACAGUCCAUAGCAGAUGACCAAGCAAGGAUGUACCAGGUUGCAGGUGGUCUUUUGAAGAGAAAGGAGCCUGAGGGAGGUUGGGAUGGAUACAAGCAGCCCUCGUGGCAGUAGGAAUGAGUAAUGGCACAAUCUGGUGACCCAUGAAAAGCUCUGCUUUGAGGAUGGGUGUUGGCUAAUCCCAGAGGUUGUCAUCUAACUUGUGUGCUUUCGGAGGAUGGGUGGUAAGUGAGUUAUCUGAUGUUGUUCAUAGUCUCCGACCCCCAUCCCUUCGCUGUAUCAAAAUGUAAUCUGUCCGGGGUCUACAAGCUAUUUGUUCCUUGAAUUUGUUCUGGGUGGCUGCAGAUCAGUUUCCCCUUUGUAGAUAUUUUAACUGUUGGAAAGCAUGCAGUCUGUGUUGCCCAGACAUUCAAAAUUGGUUCCUUUACUGGUAUUCAGUGCAACAACUAUAUAUGACAUUGGACCCAAAGCCAUCCCUUCCUUUUCCAACACUUCCUUUUAUGGAGGUUGGGUUACUAAACUGCUUAUAAGCCAACACCUUUUGUAUGUGAUUUGUUGUUAAUUUAUCUUUCUUUGCCUUUCCCCUUCUACCUUCUAAUCACAUAUAUAUAUAUAAAGCUGACUGGUCAUCGAAUUUUGGCAACUGAACUUCUCUUGUUUUGUCAUGGUUUAGUUGCUAUGCUUGAUGUUGUAUUCUAAUUUCAUUUUAUUUUAUUUAUUAACACUAAUAUUAGUCUUCGAUCCAGUUUGGUUUUCUGUCCAGACUUUGUUCCAAUGUUCCUACUCAUCAAGAUCAAUAUUUUUAUUACAUGGUGUUUUCCCACAAGCCACAUCUAGGAGCUGUUUGGUUAACCAUUUUUCAUUUUUUGAGGAAUCAUUCUUCUGAAGUGUGUGUUUACAUAUGCAUGGUCAGUUAUUGUGCUAAAAAGUCUUGAUGUUCAAUGAAUGAAAUUGUGCAUCAUCUGUAUGAUUUUAUGCAAUCAUUGACAACUCUACAAGAGAGGCCUUAGCUUUGUAUUGUUCGAAUUAUUUGGUACUGUAAACAUUCUUUUUAAUUUUUUAUUUA